ACAUCGUCAAGAAGGUGCAAGCCUAAACCCCAGCAAAACCCUGAAUUUUCUUAGCUCAACCGCCAAACACAGCUCACCAGAUACCAUCCAUGAAUGAUCAGAGAAACCCUCCAGUUAAUUGGUCACCUGCGAAGAACCUCACAGCUCCCGAGUCAUUCUACCUGCAACAAGCUCCUACACAACCUGAUUAGCUCCAACUGCGGUGAGCUCUCUCUGAAAAUCCUCUCCCACUUGGUCUCCAAAGGGUACAAUCCUCACCGCUCUUCAUUCAAUUCAGUUAUCUCCUUUUUAUGUAAAUUGGGUCAUAUUAGUUUUGCCCGAAAGCUCAUUAAUUCGAUGCCGAGAUACGGGUGCUUGCCUGAUAUUGUAACUUACAAUUCUUUGAUGGAUGGGUAUUGUAAAUUUUCUGACAUUGAUGAAGCUUGUUUGCUGAUGAAAGAGAUACGCAUGAGAGGAUGUAGACCUGAUUUGGUUACUUUUAAUGUAUUGCUUAACGGGUUCUGUAAUGUUAAAAUGAAGAAAGAAGCUUUGGUUUAUAUAGGUUUGAUGUGGAAGAGUUGUUCACCGAAUGUAGUUACAUAUAGUCACUUUAUAGAUAUGUUUUGUAAAAUGGAGGAUUUGGGUUUGGGUUAUAGGCUGCUUGGUGAUAUGGUGAAGGAUGGGGUGCUGCCGAAUUUCUUCGCUUUUACUUCUUUGAUUGAUGGAUAUUGUAAGGCUGGUAAUUUGGAGGUUGCUUUUGAAUUGCUUGAGAAGAUGAGGCAAUCGUCACUUUUACCAAAUGUGGUUACUUAUAAUGCUUUAAUUAAAGGGAUUUGCAUGAAGGGGAUGUUGGGAAGAGCCGAUUAUUUGUUUUCUAAGAUGUGGGAAGAUGGGUUUGAGCCUAAUUCAGCAGUCUAUACUUCAAUGAUAGAUGGACAUUUAAAGAAAGGAAAUUUAGAUGAUGCCAUGAAGUAUAUGAGUAAAAUGCAUGAUCAAGGGUUCAGCCUUGAUGUAGCUGCAUAUGGGGCGGUUAUCUCAGGCCUCUGUAAAAAUGGUCGGCUAGAUAAAGUAAUGCAGUUUAUUGAAGAUAUGGUUGGGAGUGGGUUAGCUCCAGAUCAGAUGUUGCUGACGACCAUUAUGGAUGCAUAUUUCAAAGCGAAUUUAAAAGCAGCUUCAGGUGUCUACGGGGAAUUGUUAGUAACCCUCCAAUUCUUUGCUCUCCUGCAAAGAACCUCACAGUUCCCAACUCCCUUUACCUGCAACAAGCUCCUACAUAGCCUCAUUAGCUCCAACUGUGGAGAGCUCUCAGUGAAAAUCUUCUGCCACUUGCUCUCCAAAGGUUACAAUCCUCAUCCCUCUUCAUUCAAUUCAGUUAUCUCCUUUUUCUGUAAAUUGGGUCAUAUUAGUUUUGCCCGAACACUCGUGGAUUCGAUGCCAAGAUAUGGGUGCUUGCCUGAUAUUGUAACUUACAAUUCUUUGAUUGACGGGUAUUGUAAAUUUUGUGAUAUUGAUGAAGCUUGUUUGAUAAUGAGAAAGAUACGCAUAGGAGGGUGUAUACCUGAUUUGGGUACGUUUAAUAUAUUGUUUAACGGCUUUUGUAAGGUCAAAAUGAAGAAAGAAGCAUUUGUCUAUAUGGGUUUGAUGUGGAAGAGUUGUUCACCGAAUGUGGUUACAUAUAGUACCUUUAUAGACAUGUUCUGUAAAACAGGGGACUUGGGUUUGGGUUAUAGGGUGCUUGGUGGUAUGGUGAAGGAUGGGGUGUUGCCGAAUUUGUUUGCUUUUACUUCUUUGAUUGAUGGGUAUUGUAAGGCUGGUAAUUUGGAGGUUGCAUUUGAAUUGCUUGAGAAAAUGAGACAAUCGUCACUGUUACCAAAUGUGGUUACUUAUAAUGCUCUAAUAAAAGGGCUCUGCAUGCAGGGGAUGUCUGAAAGAGCCGAUUAUUUGUUUUCUAAGAUGUGGGAAGAUGGGGUUGAGCCUAAUUCAGCUGUUUACACUUCAAUGAUAGAUGGACACUUACAGAAAGGAAAUGUGGAUGAUGCUAUGAAGUAUAUGAGUAGAAUGCAUGAUCAAGGGUUUAACCUUGAUGUAGCUGCAUAUGGGGUGGUUAUCUCAGGCCUCUGUAAAAACAGCCGAUUAGAUAAAGCAAUUCAGUUUAUUGAAGAUAUGGUUUCUAGUGGGUUAGUUCCAGAUCAGAUGUUGUUGGCGACCAUCAUGGAUGCAUAUUUCAAAGCUGGGAAUUUAAAAGCAGCUUUGGGUGUCUACAGGGAAUUGUUAGAAAGGGGUUUCGAACCUGAUGGUGUGACUCUUUCAGCCUUGAUGGAUGGCUUAUGCAAGCAUGGGUGUCUGAAGGAGGCAAGAGGCUACUUUUGCAAGGAAAAGGCCAAUGAAAUUUCAUACUCUGUGCUUAUUAAUGGGAUGUGUAAGGAAGGAAACCUAAGUGAAGUUGAGAAGGUCUUCAGGGAGAUGUCAGAGGCAGGGUUUAUUCCAGACAAGUAUGUAUACACUUCUUGGAUUACUGGUCUAUGCAAACAGGGUAGUCUGCCCGAGGCUUUUCGACUCAAGAAUAAAAUGGUUAAAGAGGGCAUUAUACCCGAUCUGUUAACUUAUAGCUCACUUAUUUUUGGUUUAGCAAAUGCUGGACUCAUGAUUGAAGCGAAACAGGUAUUUGAUGAUAUGUUGAAAAAAGGAAUCACUCCUGACUCUGCAGUCUUUGAUAUUCUGAUCAGAGGCUAUCACAAGGAAGGUAAUGAUGCUGCCAUUUCAAGCUUGUAUGAUGAAAUGAGAAAGAGAGGGCUUGUAGAUGGAGAACAUUAAUUUGUAAUAGCAUUAAGGCUUCGCUGGUUCCAUAUGAUCAAGUCAAUUCCUUGCAGAAGGACCUAAUUUUAUCCGCCGCUAUGUUUGGUGAACAUGUGCAAUAUGAUUCGUACAAGGCUAUUCGUCCCAAUUGAAAGUCAUGGACAAAGUGGUCUGCCUACUCUAUAUUUCAAUCAGGAGCAAAACUAAGCUCUUUCUAUAAGCUUGAAGGAUGCUUGGCACUGCUGUUGAACAUCGACACAUGUAACAGUAAGGUCAUCGCUCAUUGAUUCUGAUUAGCAAGCUUUUCAUCAAAUGAAGGAAAUGCUCAUUUCUUAUAUUUCCUCAUUUGUUUUUGCUGGUCUAGCUAUUUGAUUUUGCUAUUGGUGUGUAUUGGCCGAUGUUUUAUCGGCUCAGAGAUGCUUGCAAACAUAUCAGGAAAUGCUGCCAUUUUCAUUAGGCAUGCCUCGUUCGUUGAGCAGCUGGCAACUAGCAUGGCCUUGCCAAACUCUCGAGUGAAUCUGAUAAACUGAGCCUCAACAACAAAAAGGCCCAAGACUAAUGUGGUUUCUGAUUGUUCUAGUGAUACGACUGAGUUUGAAUAAUAAAAUGUAAGGGUUGUGUCCAACAUUUUACGCAAUGGCGGUUUGUAUUACAUGUAUGUAAUCAACUAAAGGCAAUAUUACAAUGAAAGAAAAGGAUCUUACGCGAUUUUCAACUGUA